AUGUCCGAUGGCGGCGGCGGCGCCGCACGAGCGCCAGUGCCGUACCAGCUCGAGCCGCCGCCGUGGCGUCCCGCACUUCACCACUCUGAUGCAUCUCUGGGGACCCCUGGUAUACGAAAACUGCACGGAAUGACGCCACCGUCUGAACAUACGCUGCGUCAUGGCGCGACGCUUCCUCCGCUUGUGCCCAGCGAAACGGCGUCCAUGCAGACCCACAUGCUCGACCGCAUCGGGGGACCAGCCGCACUGCAGCUGCUAGGAGACUUGUUCGAACGUGUCCGCGAUAAAAGGCGCAGUGGCGCGCAGCUCGCCGGCGCUCCUUCGCCCCUCCCUUCUCGUGUCACACUCAACGACGCGAAACUAAGCGAGUACGUGCACCAGCUUGCAGAUCCUACUGUACCGCUUUAUCGGCUGGCAGAGCGCAUACCCCAUGGAUUCCGCGGUGCGCGCCUCCUCGAUAUGCUCUUGCACGGCUCGCUUCACGGCUCAUCAACAGCGCGUUCAGUGCCGCUAUCUCGUGCUCUGUGGCUAAUUCGAAUCAUUGGCGCACUGGAGCUCGAUGCAACACACAAGGACGUGCACAAGUACACAUGCGACUGGACAGUGCGUGUACUGCACUGGAUGACCCAGCUCGUCGCUUCGCUGCGCGAGCCGACGGCCUGGGCCUCCCAAUGGACUUAUGGUACGGCGCUGGUCGACCGCAUGGUACAGGAGUCACUCAUCGAGCCAUAUAUGCUGUAUCGCUGGAUCAUCACGCAGCUUGGAAAAGCGCACGACGGGGUGCGCGCAUGCCUCCUGCAAUGGGCGGUCCUACACACACCUGCAAUCUUGGGUCAUGCCGCCCUGGGCACAGCACUACUCUCUGCGCUUGGAGACCUGGCUGCCGAGCCAUCAUGGCUAGGGCAGCAGGCUGAUAUCCAUUUUGCUGCAUGUGUAAAGGAAGCUCCCUUGCUUUGCACAGCCUUGCCGCUUUCGAUGCUCGCGGCCCGAGGCGUGCCCGAGCGCCUGCAGACACAGGCGCAACUCCUACAUGGCUCACUCGCGCCCCUACUCAGUCCUGGUGUCGAUAUCGUGGAUGCCGUGGCCAUCUCGCUGCUCGAUCGCGGGACUAGUACGACCACUCUAUUUGCCGACUAUUUUCUUGCGCGGCACGCCUCGGCCGCCGUGGCGCAGCAUCGCCUCUUUUUGCUGUAUCACUGGGCCUGUACAGAGGCGCGAAUGGGGCAUCACCGGAUCUUUGUGGCUGCAGCCCUUGUGCAAUUGCUCGACGAGUGCCAGGCGCAGCGACUUGUCCUGCCCGAUGGCCGUCACUUGCCCUGUCCAUGGACCCCAUUCUCUCUGGGCGACGCGACACUCCAGUGGAUCGACUCACUCGACGCCAAUGGGCCAAAGCAUCACCUCCAUGUGACGAUGGCGGCGCGCCUACUCGGCGUGCUCGCCCAGAAAGAGCUGUUCAGCUAUGCGGCCCUCCUGCAACGGCUCAUGGCACGUGGCGAUGUGCGGGCGAUCAGCGAACUGAGGACAUCGCGACACAGUGCCACCGUGCCAAUCCGCCUACUCCGCAAAAUACCCAUACCACGUGCGUCCAUCUCACUGCAGCAGCAACGGCGCUUCACUAUUUAUGGUGCACGGACCUCUGAGUCGUACGAAGAGGCCACAGAACGCCGUGCCAUCCGCGAGCUGCGCCGUCUCUUUGAGUGGGACGAAGUAGUACCAAGUGCUCUGCCCUCCUGCGUUAGCUCACCUAUGCUGUCUUCCGCACCACUGAGCGUACCGAGCUCGCCAAACCUCUCGAGCGCUCUCGGGGCCCAGCCCCAUGGAGCAACGGACCUCCUGAAUGGCUUCCAGCUCCAUCAGCGUCUCCCGCACCUAUGGAGCGCGUCGCCCUAUAUUCAAGCCCGCAUUGUCGACAAGUUCCUGCUUCCCACCUUGCUCAAUGACGUUUCAGGGAUUCACCCAGACCGCUUUGCCCUUGCCGCUACCCUGUUAACGUCCUUGCAUGCGAUGGAAGCCCUCGCGAAGCUUAUGUGUGCGCUGCUCGAUGGCCACAAUCUCAUGUGCGUCGUGUCCAUCUGCCAUACGAUCGCUGCGCACGCGCGCGUUUGGGACGCACUUGACAAGACAUCAUCGCUGGCUGAUCUCAUUUCUCCUUACGCAUUGGCCGAUGCGCCCCUACUUCCGGGUAUAACUCGGGUUGUGCCAGCGACGGGGCGCGGUAUGACUCUUGCCCUAGCGCGUCAUGCACUCGCUGCCUUGUCGGAUCUAGAUGAGUCAGUGAUAAGGUAUGCGCCACUACCUCAAGCACCGCUGCCCAGCGCACUCUCCCCGGUUGCUCUGGCCACGGAGGCGGUCCAUGUAUUGCUCACGCCAAGUGCAGCAUGGGACGAUGCGUGUACGGCUCUGAUCGCAGCUGUGCCGCUGGACGAAGCUGCAUCGUUGCUGUGCACACAAGCCCUUAAUUUCCUGGCAGACGGACACUUCGCCUCCGAUGCUAUGUUGACGUGUUUGGCUUCUCUGGCCGGCACAGCGGGCGUUUGUCUGGACCUUGUGGCACACACGUGGAUUCGCUCGGCAUGGGAGCGACAAGCGACUGAGCCUGCAUGGACAACCUUGCUUCUGUCGCUGAUUCGCUUUGGCUACCUGGACGGCGACCGUCUCGUGCAGGAGGUGCUAUGCCCCUUUUUACGCACGGCGCACCCUUCGCAUGCGGGCUGGAGCACUUGCAUCAUACUUUUGCAUGCCUUGGUAUUCACCUACACGGUACCAGGAAGCCCCUGCUCUCUGGACGUUAUGGGGCACGCUUGCUGGUACGACGUGACACUCGUACGAAUGAACUUGGGUCUGACGGACGGCUUUGUGCCUUUGCUGCAUGCGCUGGACAUUUGCCAGGCGCCGUCCAGCGCGGACUGCACGCAGCUAUUGCAGAAAUGCAGGCCUCAGCUACGCACUCUAUGGCUCAGUUAUCCAGAUGCCGUGUGGCAUGGCUUCCAGGCAGUGGAUGCCCAGCGCCGUCCCGAGGCCCUUCGCGCAAUCCAGGCUGUGCUGGACGGGUCUUCUAACGAGCGUACAGAUGCGUGGUCCUUGCGUUUAGAUGAUGCUUUUGAGGGCGCGCUGGCCGCCUUGGAUAUACGUAUGAGAUGGGACGUAUCCACCGAGCCACUGCCAUCCCCUGUGAUAUGGCGUGCCCCGAUGGAUAUCCUGCUGCGUUGGGACUUGCCCCCUGCCAUCGUCGCACCAUUUACGACAAUGCUACUGAUGGAACUGGCUGCGAGCGAUCGUCCGGGACCUACCAUUGUGACCCUAGCGCGUUUCGUUCAGGCAUGGACAGGAAAUCUGAUCCCAUGCGAUACUAAGGCAGCCACUCGCGCUGUGACUGCCCUGCCCGCUGUGGCCUCCCGCGUGUCCCGGGACGAAUGGCUCUCCGCCAUAUUAAGCGUGCUAAGGUGCACGACAACCGCAGCUCCAUGGGUGAACGUACUAGAUCUGUUGAUUCAGUCUGCAGGUCCAUGGGAGGCAGCCGUGGCCGUGCGUGUGCAGUCGGUGCUCCCGCCCGCUACCCUGGAUGCAUGGCUGUACCAGCGACUCUCUUCGAGCCUGAGGUGCACAUCUGCUUCCGUGGGGUCACUGACCCGGUAUGACAGUGCGCGUACGUCGCCAUCGCCCUGGACGCAGCUAGAGGCGAUGUAUCCUCCUGUCGAGCCGAACCGCGAUCCCUGGGCGUGUCCUCUGCUAGACCGCACGGGCCUGCUCUCCGACUUGCACGCACAAAAAACUCGUGAAACUAUGCCAUCUAUACAACAUGGUGCCCCGCCAUGGCUCCCCUCUGAGCAGUCCUACGGCGACGGCGACGAUGCUCUGUCUCGAUACCCUGCGGUGCUACCGCUUACGAAGCGACGGCGCUCGUCCAUAUCACCGGCUCCGAAGCGUGCCCGUCAUUGA